AUUCUCAAAAUCAUUGUAAGAAAUCUAAGCUCCUGAAAACAACACAACAUAAAAUUUACACACAAGAGAAGAAUCAAAGACAAAGAGGCAAUGGAUAUCAGGUUGAUGGGUCUAGAUUCUCCACUGCUGAACACACUGCACCACAUCAUGGACCUCCCAGACGACUCCACCGAGAAGAACUCUCACGCUCCCACCCGGACCUACCUCCGCGACGCCAAGGCAAUGGCAGCCACCCCUGCGGACGUGAAGGAGUACCCGAGCUCGUACGUGUUCGUGAUCGACAUGCCGGGGUUGAAGUCCGGUGACAUCAAGGUUCAGGUGGAGGAUGACAAUGUGCUUCUCAUAAGUGGUGAGAGGAAGAGGGAUGAGGAGAAAGAAGGGUCCAAGUAUGUGAGGAUGGAGAGGAGGGUUGGCAAGUUCAUGAGGAAGUUUGUGCUCCCGGAGAAUGCUAAUGUCCAUGCCAUUUCUGCUGUUUGCCAAGAUGGUGUGCUCACUGUCACGGUGAACAAGCUGCCACCUCCUGAGCCUAAGAAGCCCAAGACCAUUGAGGUUAAGGUUGCUUGAGCUUGUUGUGUACGACCAAACCUACAUUUGCAGAGAAGCAGCUGUUUCUGUUUAUGGUUUUGUUUGUAUGAUGACAAUGGUUUUGUGCCUUUCAGAUGAUGAUGCCUUUUGCUGCGAUGUGUUAUGUUACAUAAUCAUGAAUGUAAUGUUUUGUUAGCUUUAAUGUUAUAGCUAAUCUACCUAGUUUCUAAUUUCUCUA